GGCUGAUUGACCAUCAUCAUCAUCAUCUCUCUUCAUUACACACUCUUUCCCUCGCAACACGUGAGAUUUGUUGUUGUUCUCGACCCUUUCGAUAAGUCAUUAGUCGAUCGUUCUGUGAUUGUUAUCAUCAUCAGUUCCACUAUGGAAGACACAAAAACCACGGACAAGAGAAAAGCUCCAGACAAAAACACCUCGUCAGACCUGGACGACAGUUUGUCGAUUGAGCAGCAACCUUUAAAAAGGCCUCGGAUGGAUGAUCCCACGGUUUUCGAAGAGGAUUUCGAAAUCUUGGAACAAACUGGGGUCGAGGCCGUGUCUGGAGAAGGCGAGGUCAACCGCGUUGAUACAGCUAUUUCUACCUCUGAUGGGGAUUCAAACCAAGUGAUUUCUCAACCCGAUGAUGAAGGGCUCGUCGUUAGUACUCCAGCUGGGCUUAAUGAUACAGCCAUUGCAUUGGACAUUAGUGAGUCAAUGUCAAUAGAACCGUCAAGCCUUGCUUUAGAGGAUGGAAGCAAAAUUGGUGAUAAAGAACAGUUAUUGGAACAUAUCGACAAAGGCUAUGCCAAUGAAGUAGAAAUUGCCGACGAAGCUGAUGGUGAUGGUGACAAAGACGACGACGACGAUAACAACAAUGGGGUCCCAGAGGCACGUGAUAUUCUUAAAUUUACUAGCAACGACCUUGGAAUGGAGGGAGAAAACCUCAUCCCAUCUGAAACCAAUGGAGGUCAUGAGGCCCACAAGGAGGGCGGAAAAAAGGAAAAGACUUCACCAAAGAUGACAAGUAGUCCUUUAUCAGCGGACAGUGCCAAGGUUGAUCUACCAUCUCGUGAAAUUAAUAUCUGUUUGAAAGCAUUCGACCCCAAAACCGGGAAAUUAGUCUUUGAGGAACCUUGCAUACGAUCUGAUUAUAUUAAGCUGGAAGUGUUUCUUAACCAACAUAACCUUGGUUUGACCAAUUCUAGUUUUAAUAGCGGUUAUGUUGGCGAUGUAGAGUCGGAGGACAUUUUUUCAUUUCCCGGUAAUAGCUACAAAAAUAGAAAAAGUCGUUACACCUCGUCGACAUUAGGUUCUUCGAUUCCAAGAGCAAGCAUUAAGACAGUAUUCUCUAAUAGUCCUAACGAUAACGAUAGUCCCAAAGAAGAUGAUGAAGAAGAACCACCUAAAUCGAAAAAGCGGGGUAAAAACGAGCCAAAAAUGACAUCAACCCGAUUAAGUGACAUAACUGACGAGUAUAAAUUUUCGGCUGGAAAGAAAGAAAAACAUGAAAAACUUGACAAGUUAUUAUCGUUAUCAAACGGCACAACUACUUCAAACGGAUUUGAAACUCCAAAUUCCAACACCAAAGCCACAAAGCGAGGGUUAAUUUCUACAUCAAAAUCUCCUUCCAUAAAAUCUUCAACUGUUGUCUCUCCGUCUACCGGUGAUAAAUCUAAGAAAAAAACAACCAAAGCAACCCCAAAACAACUGCAGGGAAAGGAACUGGAACGUAUUUCAAAUUCAUCGCAUACAGUGGAGCCAUCACCCUGUAGAGCAGUUGCAAUUGUUGAGGGGACAGCCGCCAGACCAUUAACAAAAUUUGAACAAGAUGUCAAUAAUGAACCUGUAGAUGAGAAACUUUUAAAACAUUCAAAAACGCUUUGGGGUUCUGUAGCUAAAUGUGAACCAGUUUUUGCACGAUGGAGCGACAAAAAUUACUACUCUGGCUGCAUUCGAGAAAAAGGAAUGAAUGACACCUGGAUCAUAGAUUUCGAUGAUGCUACCACAUAUCCAGCUUCCGAAGGUCAUAUUAUUCCUAUCAAGAUAUUGGGAGUAGGAAUCAAGGGCGUGUAUUGUCCGGAUACGGGUUAUCAUCCAGCCGAUGCUGUUAUUUUGGGCCAGAAGUUCGGAACUGAUCCUGAGAUUGGUGAGACGGUAAAAUAUGCCAUUAAGAUAACUAAAGGAGAGGAUGUAGGCAAGCUUCUGUGGUGUUCUCGAAGAAUGUUGUCCAUCAAAGAAAAUGAUGCACGAGGAUUACGACAAGAAUUUCAACCAACUCCAAAAGUACUCAAGGCAGCAGAAGUCAGUUUAGAGAAUAUCAUUCCUCAGUCAAGCAGACGACGUGUAACUGUUAGUUCGAUAAAAUCAUCUUUGACGCCACAGUCAACAAAAAAACGGGUUGUGGGUGGUGCAUUCGAUGCUAGCAUCACGGGUGAUGAAUCAAAGCAUACUCCUCAACGCAAGACGCCCAAAAUUAAACCAAAGAAGAAGAUAAUUGAAACUACUUCAAGUUUAAGUGGGAACAGCAAAUCGUUUAGUCGAAGUAAUUCAUUGGCAUUAAGUUCUACAAACUUAUCAUCUAGUAGUACCGAAAAAUCAUUAAAGGAGUCACCAAAAAAGACUAAACUAAAGGACAAGUCACCAGAACACUUGGUGUUUGCUGGGUGUCAGUUUUUCUUGACUGCUAGUGGUGGUGGUGAUCCUGCUAGUUUAGGUUCAAAUCUCGGUUCGCAAGUACCAUACGAUAAGGAUGAAUACCGUGAUCUUAUUGAAAAGAAGGGUGGAAAAAUAGUAGAUGUGGUUGGAGCAGAGAACGAUACAGAAAGCAUCUUCCUAGUUUCUGAUAAUUUUGCACGAACCGUCAAAUACAUUUACAGUUUGGCUGCCUCGAUCCCAUGCGUCUCGCACAAGUGGGUUCAAGAAUGUAUUAGUCAAGGCAAAAUCGUACCAUGGGAGUCGUAUGAACUCAAUGCUGGAUGGAGUUUGGAAUCCAACAAAGUUAUACCGCCACAUAAGAAGAAACCACUCAAAGGCUUUGAAAUUUAUAUUACUGCUGGAUCAAACGAUCUUUACGAUUAUUGGAAGCCGGUUUUAACUGCAGCUCAUGCAACUCUGUUGAAACCCAAGAAAGGAAAGGGUAAAGCUGCUGGAAGCAUUCCGAAGGAUGCCCAAGUUCUUGUAACUGACGCCACCUGCUCUUCGGAAAUACUGGCCGAAGCACAUGACAGAAUGAUUCCUGUUGUUAAGCCAGAAUGGCUGGUACAAUCAAUUAUUGCUGGCGAACGGGCAGAUUUUUUUAAUCACGAGAAAUACCGAGUUGAAGUGCUUACUGAAGAAACGGAAGAUUCUUACGACGAUGAGGAUGAUGACGAAGAUGAAAAUGAACAAUCCUGAGUCCAGCAACGCUGUGUUGCUUGUCAAUGCGAUCGGGUUACACCAUAUUAUUCCGACUAGAAAUAUAAAAAGGUGAUAUUUGUCUAAUCACCACCUUAUAAGUACUUUGUAGCUGUCUCUCAUAUUUGUUAAAUAUUUUUUUCAAUAUUACAUUGAAUCUCUUCGUAAUUCUGUUAACAGACAUAAAUUGUUGUCACUAUGAGUGAGUUGUCGUCUAACAAUGGAAACAUUGUGUUUAAUGUUAUAAUCUCGAUCAGAUUUUCCAAAGGGAAAAUCCAACUACAGGGAAAGAAACUUUGAAAGUAAAGUUGCAUAAUACGCCACGUCUUAUUUACCUCUUACAGAUUGUCAUUUUCAUGUUUAGAUUAAAAUAUAUGUCGUUAUCAAGUACGUAUGUGUUAUACGUUUUAUGUAAAAACGACCCAUUUAGUGUACUAUUGUGAUUAAAAAAUUAAAACGGAGAGUUGUUCUCACUACGGAACAGACAUAAGCCACGUACCUAAUUGUGUGAUGUUUAAAAUGGUCCACAUUUCGAAAUUGUACUAAUUUAAUACUACUAUAUAGUAUUGAUAUUUAUAGUACAUCAGUAGUUAGCUUAUUUUAGUAUAAGUAUGGUGAUGUGUUAAAUGCGAAAAAUUAACAAUUGUUCCGCCUUCGCAAACCUAAUAUUAUUUAUUACACAUUAUUGACAAGGAUAUGAUUACCUUGUGGACAAAUUUACCUAAACUAAAAGAACUAUAUCUAAAGGCCAAUAUAUAUUUAUAUCUCUGUCCAGAGCAAGUUUGAUCUGUUUUAGACACUGUUAUAAAUUAACAAUACUUUUGUUAUUUAUUGUCUGUAAAAUGAUAACAUGACUUUAAUUAUUUCUUAUUAGACUGAUUAAUAAGCAUUUAUUAUAUAAUUUA